GAAAUAAAAGGCGGGCAAACGGCUUCAUUUGCCCUCGCGGGGCUAAGCGUAGCGCUGCAUUAGGCGGCGCUUACCCCCUACCCCGCUUGGCCUCUAAGUUCGGCGGCCGCCGGUCGUUGCGAGUGCGCACGUGUCCUUCAAGGCGACUGUGGGGAGCCGUUACAGCCGUUAUUCCUUUGCGUUCGGUCUUUCACAUAUUUUGAAAAUGUCGUAUAUGCUUCCACAUUUACACAAUGGCUGGCAAGUAGACCAGGCCAUUCUUUCAGAAGAAGACCGUGUGGUGGUCAUUCGUUUUGGGCAUGACUGGGAUCCAACAUGUAUGAAAAUGGACGAAGUUUUAUAUAGUAUUGCUGAGAAGGUGAAAAAUUUUGCUGUUAUUUAUCUUGUGGAUAUCACCGAAGUGCCAGACUUCAACAAGAUGUACGAACUGUACGAUCCCUGUACAGUCAUGUUUUUCUUCAGAAACAAACACAUAAUGAUUGAUUUAGGCACUGGUAACAACAACAAAAUUAACUGGGCAAUGGAGGACAAACAAGAGAUGAUUGACAUCAUAGAAACAGUUUAUAGAGGAGCACGUAAAGGUAGAGGUCUUGUUGUAUCACCCAAGGACUACUCAACCAAGUACAGAUAUUGAUCAUUUGAUCAUUUUACUACAAGUCUACUUCUGGAGUUUCGUAAACUCAAACUUUGUAUAAAGUAUUCUUUCCUGCUUUCGUCUCCAUUGUGAAUAUAUUUUUGAAUUUAUGUAAAUAUGUUCUUAUUUUUUAUGCAAAAAAAUCUUAUUUGAUUUUAGAAAUAAAGUAUGACUUUUACAAAUAAAGUGUUUUGAAUCUUCCAUUUUUCAGAAUAUUAUCCUUAUAAAACUAUUGUUUUCUAUAGGAACAGAUUGAGCUAUGUCCAGUUGAAACAUAACAAAUGCCUCUAGACAACAUAAACCAUAUUUCAUCACAAUAUAAAAAUACAGUACAGUGGUACCUUGGUACUUGAACGGUUUGGCUACCGAACACCGCAAGUAAGUGUUCCGGUUUGUGAACUUUUUUUGGAAGCCGAACAUUGACACAGCUUCCGAUUGAGUGCAGGAAGCUCCUGCAGCUAAUUGGGAGCCACGCCUUGGUUUUUGAACCGUUUUGGGAGUCGGACAGACUCCCAGAACAGACUAAGUUUGAGAACCAAGAUACCACUGUAUAUGUCCCACAAGGCACAUUUUUGUAAUUUGCUUGGAUCCAAAUACUGUUCUAUCACCAGGUGGCUUGGGUUGGUGGUCAGGGGAUAUGGAGGUCUGUAG